CCCUGCUGUGCCCCGCCAACAGCUACUAUGACCCUUGCAUGACUGGCUGUCCUGCCACCUGUGUUGACCGACAAGCCCCGCAGAACUGCUCCAAGCCCUGCAUGGAGGGCUGCGCAUGUUCCUCUGGUUUCCUCCUCAGCGGAGACACCUGUGUGCCCGAGGCCCACUGUGGCUGCCUCUUUGAGGGCAACUAUUACAGCGAAGGCGAGUACUCUGUGAGCGAGAACUGCACUCGCCAGUGCCGGUGUGAAGCCAACGGCCAGAUGGUUUGCUCUGCAUUGUCCUGUGGUGAGGACGAGGUCUGCAAGAUCCAGAACGGCCAGAGGGGCUGUUACCCAGCCAGCACUGCUCUCUGCCACAUCUACGGCGACCCGCAUUACAGCACCUUCGAUGGGAAGCUUCACCACUUCCAGGGCUCCUGCAACUACACCGUGGUGACGGGCUGUGACAGCUCCUCCGUUGGGUUCAGUGUCACCACCCGCAACAAACAUCGUGGCAGCCGGAGCUGGACAGCUCUGAACUCUGUGGCGCUAUCCAUGGAAGGCCUCCACAUUGCACUGCGCAAGAACAAGGCGGUCUACAUCAACGGUGCUCUGGCCUCCCUGCCUGCUUCUCCUGCCCCCGGUGUGACCAUUUCCUUGAGUGGCUCCCACGUGCGGGUUUCCACCAAGCUGGGCCUGCAGCUGCAGUUCAACGGGGACCAUGAGCUCCUAGUGAAGGUGUCUGAGAGGCACAAGGGCAAGCUGUGUGGGCUGUGUGGGACGUACACUGGGAGCCAGCAGGACGACUUCAUGCGACCCGAUGGGGUUGUUGUGCCUGACUUCAAUGACUUUGGAGCCAGCUGGAUGGUGCCGGAUGAUGAGUGGCCGUGUGACCCAGCCAUCAGCCCGCCUGUGACCUGCUCCCCCGCGGAGGAGGAGGCAGCUAACAAGCAGUGCGCAAUCCUCACGCAACUCGGUGGCCCGUUCCAGCCAUGCCACGCAGUUCUGCCCCCCAAGACGUACUUUGAGAGCUGUGUCUAUGACCAGUGUGCCACGGGUGGCAGCACAGAGCAGCUCUGCAAUGACCUGGGGGCCUAUGCCACAGCCUGUGCUGAGGCAGGCGUUGCUCUGGGAGACUGGAGUGCUGGCACGGUCUGUGCUCCCCCAACAGACUGCAAUUUCGCUUGCACAUUCGACAAAGACUUCUGUGAAUGGGUCCAGGCAGAUUACAGCAGCAUUGACUGGAUAAGGAACAAGGGUCCAACGCCCACGCAAAAUACCGGCCCCUCCUCUGACCACACGACGGGAGUCGGCUACUACAUCUACCUGCAAGGGAGCAAUGCCCUCCCCGGCUUUGUGGCUCAUCUGGUCAGUCCGGUGUGCAGUUCGGAAGGACCGCACUGCUUCCGCUUCUGGUAUCACAUGUACGGAGCGGCCAAAACAAUGGCCCUGCGGGUGUACGUGGCUGAGAGCGAAGACCUCGUGCUG